AGAACUCUAGCCAGAGACAGAGUGUAUCUGUAACUGAAACGCGCUGGAAUCAAAUCUUAGCAAAUCCUAAAUCAAACUCAAAGGAUCGAACUUUGGUUUGAGAUUUCAUCACUGAUUGUGAUUCUCUUCUCCUACAAAACUUGGCACCCGAUCUCUCUCUAUAAUCAAAUAUCAUUCAACAAUAAUCCUCAUUUGUUAUUCCCUAUUUUCUAGUGAGAAGAGAUAUUCAUGAGAGAUGUUGAGCAUUUGCAUCUGGUGAAAUCCAUUUGAAGAUUCUGGCGUGAUUUUUUAGGGUACUUCCGAAAUCGCUCUUCGAAUUGAAUCGGAGGAUUUAAAAGAAGUGUUUUUUUUUUUGUUUGCUUUUAUUUUCUUCCUUUUGUUGUUGUUUGUUUGUUGUCAACACAACAUACAAGAGAAAGUUGUUGAUAGAUAUAGCUUUGUGAGGGGUUUGCAAGUUGGAAAUUGCAGCAUCAUGGACCAGCUUCCUGUUGAAGUGAUUGGGAACAUUCUGUCACACUUGAGGGCUGCAAGAGAUGUGGUGAUAGCUUCCGCAUCAUGCAGGAAAUGGCGACUAGCGUGCUGCAAGCACCUUCAUACACUCUCCUUCAACUCCAAAGAUUGGCCCAUUUACCGGGAUUUGACAACUACCCGCCUUGAGAUUUUGAUCACACAAACCAUUUUCCAGACCUCAGGGUUGCAGUCCCUCUCCAUUUUGAUGGAAGAUGUGGAUGAAUUCUCGGCUUCCACUGUUACUGCUUGGCUCUUGUACACCAGGGAAACUCUCAGGCAAUUGCAUUAUAAUGUCAAGACUACGCCUAAUGUUAACAUUCUUGAAAUAUGUGGCAGGCAUAAGCUGGAAAUACUGGAUCUGGCUCAUAAUUCCAUUGUGGGGGUUGAGCCUAAUUAUCAGCGGUUCCCUUGUUUGAAAUCUCUUUCCUUGAGUUAUGUUAGUAUAUCUGCAUUGGAUCUAAAUCUUUUGGUGUCUGCAUGUCCGAAGAUUGAAACUUUUGAACUUGUCAAUCCAGAGAUUGCAAUGUCUGAUGCACAGGUGACCGUUGAAUUGAGUAGCUCAACGCUGAAGAGUGUGUAUGUAGAAGCAAUUAGUUUGGACAAGUUUUUAUUGGAGGCUGAUGGGCUUGAGUGCUUGCACUUGAAAGAUUGUGCACUCGAGUUUUUUGAACUCAUUGGCAAGGGGACCUUGAAGCAUUUUAAGAUUGAUGAUGUUAGUGUUAUACAUCUUGAUAUUGGUGAGACAGUUGAGAAUCUUGAGACUGUGGAUAUCAGCAACUUCCCAAUUAUAUGGCCAAAGUUUUACCAGAUGAUUUCAAGAUCGUCGAAUUUGAAGAGGCUUCGGCUUUGGGAUGUAAUGUUUGAUGAUGAGGAUGAGGUUGUGGAUUUGGAAACAAUCGCGACUUGCUUUCCCUACCUGAGCCAUUUAUCUCUGAGUUAUGAUGUGAGGGAUGGAGUGCUUUACUAUGGUUUACAAGGCUCUUCCUAUCUGGAGAGUGUUGUUGUCUUGGAGCUUGGCUGGACUGUGAUCAAUGAUCUUUUCUCCCACUGGGUUGAGGGUCUGCUCAAGCGUUGCCCCAAUCUGAAGAAGUUGGUCAUUCAUGGGAUUGUUUCUGAGGCUAAGUCUCAUGAAGAAUGCCAGAUGUUAGCCAAUUUCACUACAUCCAUGGUUGAGCUGAUGAGGAGAUACACACAUGUAGAUCCAUAUUUUAAGUAUGAAUAAGAUUUUGUUAAAUACCUUGUUAUAGCUCGUGCUUUCUUUUUAAGUCUAAUUGUGUAGGCAUAUUGGCGGGUAACUUAUUGAAUUCAAGAGUUAUGCAUAACUUUUAACUUAUUGUUUGGAAUCUUCAUCUAGAAUCUGUGACUGACCAACGAUGAUAGCUCAUGGCAGACAUUUAGAACUUUGAUCCCUUCUCAGUAAACAGAAUAGUCAUGAGUUCUGGUAAUUUUAAUAUUAUAAUUAAGGCCAUAAAUGUAAAAUAUGAAGCCACUGCAAUGGAUUCAAUUUUGAGGGAAGAGAGUUAUGAUGAGUGGCGGCAUUCCAGUGGCCUUCCAAGGUAUACCAUUAAAAAUAUUUUGCUCAGGAAUUUCAUAUUUAUUUGUUUCCCUUCUAUUUAAAUCUAUUUUAAGAUGUGAAUUGAUCAAACUAUGCAUAUUUGGAUAACCCAUCAUGGCACAAACUUACUUUUGGCUUCUCAAAAUAUAUAGCGGCAUUGGCUGACUAUUGAAAGUAUCCACUCAUGCUCAAGCCUUGACCUGUGUUUUGACACAUAGAUGACCAUUUUUACUUCACAUUUUAUUGUUCUUUAUCUCUCUCCCUCUCUGAGCAGGGGAGGUAAUGGAUUUAGGCUCUUCACUCUUGAGGAGUGCAAGUUUACCCCUUUAUUUGCUGGACAUGUUAUGGCUGUCUUUCCUUCUCUUGUGUGCCUUGUGCUUUUCUCUGCAGCCUCUUGUGUGGCCAUUAUUUUAGCUUGAGUAUGUGGAGGAGGCCAUGGUAGCAAAGCCCUUGACAUGGUUAUAAAUUUGUGAUGCAGUUGAAGUGUUGAACUUUAGAUUUCUGUCAUUUUUUUUUCGAAGAAUGGACUAUUGAUUGCGAAGCUGAUACUUUAACUGGUUUUUCAGUAGUGUUAUCUAUGUCGCAUAUGGAAAGCAAUUUUUCUUUCUCAGAUGUAUAUGCUGCAAUUGGGAACAAGUUUAUUACUGUGACGUA